GCAGGAGCUCUGUUAAACGAUGCCAAUGCUCUACCAGGAUGUGCUGCAAUUGAGGAAAUGUUCCCUUUUGCCGAACUUCACCGAAAGAAACGCCCCGACCAGGAAAACAAAGAUGGCAGUGAAACUGAGGACGAUGAUGAAGAUGACGACGACGAUGACGCGAAUGAUCAGGAUGACGAUGACGAUGAUGAAGAUUUCUCCGGAGGUGAAGAAGGAGAUGACGGUGAUCCCGAGGAUGACCCUGAAGCAAAUGGCGAUGGAGGAGCUGGAGGUGAUGAUGACAAUGGAGAUGAAGACGACGACGACGACAAUGGAGACGACGACGAUGACGAUGAGGAAGAGGAAGAAGAUGAGGACGAUGAAGAUGACGAGGAGGAAACGCCUCAGCCACCCACCAAGAAGAGGAAGUGAGGAUGUCCAUUGGCCCUCCCCAUUGUCGAGUUUCGAGUUUCGAGUUUCGGAGUAGUUAGGGGAGUUUAGCUAGUGUUAGCUUUUGGUUUAGGGGUAGAAACAUUGUUGUUGUCCUUGUUGGUAAUGAACUUCCCUUCUUAUGUGUUGUGAUGUUGUGGAUCCAUAUUAUAUGUAACAAUUUCUUUUGCUAAAAUACUUGGUACCUUUAUAUUUUCGACCGA